GGGCUGAAUGUGGCCCAGGGGAAAUACCGUGGAGUUGAUCCCUGCGGGGAGGGCAGUCCUGCACACAAGCAGCACGUUAGUUCCCCUUUCAGUUUCGUUUCUCACAAGCCCUGAGCUUCGUUCCACACCCAGGUUCCUGUGUCAGUAGCAACCAGGCAAAGGAGCCCACCUGUGCAAGGCUGUUCCUCAGAGAGGGAGGGGACGGUUGCAGAGCCAGAGCCCCCCCCCCUUAAAUAAGUCACAUUCCUGGUUCAGACAAUAAAUGCUGCUGCUCAAGAGAGGUUGUAAAGGGGAAGGUGAGAACAUGAAAACCUGGCAGCGGAUGUUUGAUCAGAAGAUGGAAUGGGAGAAGCCAAAUGACACCUGGUCUCUCACCGUGGAGGAUAACCUCAGUCCUCAAAACCCAGAACGCCGAUGGCACCUAUACCAGCAGAGAAAAGCAUUUGCCAGGUUUCAGUGCUCAUGUUGCACCCGUCACUGGCCAUCGGCUCAAGUGUUCAUUCUCUUCCACAUGCACCUGGACCGGAGCCAGCGCCAGGGGCAGGUAAAGAUGAGGGUCUGUGGGCAGAAGUGUAAGAAGUGUCAUGGAGCGAAGUUUGAGACGCCCACGUUCAGCCAGGAGAACAUCGAGAGGAUCCUGGACAAGUUGGUGCUCAAGGUCCGUGAGAAAUGCUACCGAGAAUCCAUCGCAAAUCGUGAUUUAGCAGACCCCGUAGUCGAAGAAGUUGUGGAAGGGCCACAUGACACGACCCGUUGUGAGGCGUGUGCUCUGGGGAUCUGUUAUCUGAAGAUCCAGCCCUACUCAUCUAGCUAUGGAUUCGUUAGCCCCACUUCUCCGGCUGCAGCUUCUCAGCCUGGCCAGCAGGCUUGGCGGGGAGCAGACGCAGACAGCGACUGGAAGCUCUUGUGUUUUGUGGUGGUUUUGCUCAUCUUUGCUGUGCUUUUUAGUGGGAAGUAGGCAAUUCAGCGCUCAGAAUGGUUCCCUAAUAUUAUCCACACGGGUUGUUAAUGCACCUUCCCUUUUUCAUGGAGAAAAAAAAUAUCUGGCCUGCGCCGUUUGCCUGGGAAAUCACCAUAUGCUUAAUAUUACCAUGAAAUGGUUUAGAGAGACUGAUCAUGCCCAUGCGUCAUGCACCAGGGUAAUAAACAGAGGCUGUAAAAAACAGGCCUCCUCAAAAGCAAGAGGGCACAUUAUGCCCCUUCUUGUUGGCACCUGUGCCCCCCUCUGGAGGUCUGAUCCAGUGCCCAGUGGAAUGAAUGGAAAGACUCCCACUGACUCCAGUGGGCAUUAGAUUGGGCCCUCUGCCCCAUCAAAUCCUCAUGCUCCAUCUCUAUGCCUUGUACCCCCCUGAGAGGGGAAGGGUAGGAUCCCAGAGGGGGCUUUGCUGCCCGAGGAGAGGCUGGACUUGAGAGUAACUGCUCUUGUGUGCAAGAUGCAUCCUGGAUCGUCUGCCCAACUGGAGGGCCAUUUCCCCGUCCCUUCUGGGGUGGCGGGAGGGGUAAACGCCAGGAGUCAGAGCCACGUAGCUCCAUUGCUGAUUUCACCAGUUGAGGAGUGAAUCGAUCCCUGGAUAACUUGUCCCCUUCCAUGGGAGUGGGUCUGAUGUAUGCCUAGAUUUGAGUAGAGUCCCCAGUGGAGGAGAUUGGCACUGGGGCAGGCCAGAAGCAGGGACCAUGUUCACAGGACAACGAGUUCAGAUCCUUAAUGACAGCCUUCUUGGGCAUUGUAUACCUGGGUGUUUGCAUGGCAGGAAACAAGGGGCUGCUCGUCAAUCCCUGGUCACAUCCCGCUUUGCAGUGUGCUUUUCUGUCUCACAGACAGAAUCCUGGGCAGAGCAGUGGUCUGAAGAUGAAGGAGUUUCUUGGCUUGGUUUACAUGUAACAAGGAAAAGGCAACUCCGUCCGUGUCCCUGUUGAAAAACGGCCCCUGCUGAGUUUUAGUGCCUCUGCAAUACUAUAUAAGGACCUGUUCUGGAUAGAGCAGUUCCUUUUCCUGCUUCCUGUAUUUUCCAUGUUAAUAGACCAAUACUUGGCUUUGGUAUUUUCUCCUUAUUGUAUCAGUUCAAUAAAGCAUCACAUUUAAAUUGAAAUAUCAGAGGACGCAGGGGAGCUUCCCUCUCUGCUGGGGUGUUGUGUGAACCCUACACCCUUUGGGGAGGCAGGAGUUCACCCAGCAAUUGCCCUGGUGCACAGAUCUAUCCUGGUCCCUUUAUUAGCAGGGGCAGCACCCCAGGGUGAUUGCCAACAGUAGCCACUCAGUGGGAGUGUAACAGAAAUCCCAGAUGCCUGAGAGGAAGCUCUGCGUCCAUCCAACACUCAAAGCCUCCACGAUCCCUCCAGCCUUAGCGUCUCACGGACUAGGGCACAUUCUGAGGUGCAGUGCAGGGUGACGGGGCGACAUGCUCAGGGUGUGCUCUGGCCUUGCCCCGCCGUCCCUCCCAGCUCAGGCUCUGGUUGGGCGGGCUUUAUCCAGCCAGCACACGCCCUCUCCGUGGGGGUGUGGGGAGAUGCUUCUCCUGCUUGCCCAUCCUUUAGCCAAUCACGGCUCUGGUGGCAGGGCUGGCCGUCACAGCACUGCUGCUGAUCUGGGGUGUGGGGACUCCACAGAUCCGUGGCACAUCUACACCGUAAUGGCUAAAGUCUGGAACUAAAACUAUUGGCCUAGCAGCACGCUGAGGUCUAUUAACCUCUAAGCUACCCGCUGGAGAACAAGUGAAGGAUCCCCACUGUACAGCAUGUAUCUGUCCCAUCACGUCCUGCCAGCACAUGAAAACGUCAUUCCCAAUAUCUGCCCAUAGGGCUGUAUUCUUAAUGCGUUAACUGCCUGAUUACAUCUGACCAGGAGAAAGUUCUUGAAAUAGUUACCGCGAUGGCUGUUGGUGGGAUCACGAUGCUUUCCAAUUUUAGCUAGGAGUGUCUUGGUUUGAUGGAGUAAGAGAUACCAGCUCAGUUAGUGUUCUGGGGUCUACACAACACGUGGUGUUCAGAUGCAGAGCUGAUGUAAGUGGAGGUAAUCCCACUGAGAGAGAAGGAGGAGGAAUCGCCAAAGGAGAUGCUGAAGAACAACCACAGAACAAAGUAGUAGCCGCAGUUCAGAACUGGAGGACUAAG